AUGAUCAUGACCGCCGUCAAGCGCCUCCUGCACCUCCAGCCACCUGCUGACACAGACGAUGGCACUUCAGAAGAAGAAAAGACCACCCUGCAGAGGCACAUCGAGUUCUGGGAUCCCAAGGGGACGGGGGUGAUCUGGCCGCGGGACGUCUACGCCGGGUUCCGCCGUCUCGGUUUCUCACGCGCAUUCUCCACAGCCAUCACUCCCAUCAUUUCCGGCGGACUGUCCUUCAAUACCCAGACCAGCAAGAUCCCAGAUCCGCGUCUCCCCGUCUACGUCGAACGCAUCCACUUGGGCAUUCACACCAGUGACACGGGAUCUUACGACGCCAAGGGUCACUUUGACUCCAAGAGAUUUGAUGAGGUCUUUGCCCAGUAUGAUAUCGGGAACAAGGGCGGCUUGACACAGGAGGAGGUCAAAGCUCUGACCAGGGGCCAGCGUGAGCCCAAGGACCCCAAGGGCUGGACUGGAUCCUGGAUCGAAUGGAAUAUCAGCUUCCACCUGGCAGCGCGGGAGUCGCCUGAUGGCAAGCUCCUGCUGUACAAGGAGGACCUUCUGGGCAUCAUGGACGGGACCCUGUUUCCAAAAAUCAGCAAGGAGGUGGCGGAGGGGACGUGGGUGCGCCAUGGUCACUUAUCCCCGGGCCUUCGCCGUCCCUAG